AAACCCUACACCUCCACGUAUUUUCCUCGUCUCCCUCCUUUUCUGGGGAUUCUCUCUCGCUCUCCGUCAAAAGCCCUAAUCUUUCUCACACCCACAACGAAAGUUGGCCCCCCUUUUUCAUCACCGGAAGAAACCCUAAUUUUCAAUCGCUAAUGGCGGAUCCAGCUGAUCAAAGGGAGCAGAAAUACCGCCAGUACCACCCGUACCAAUCUCUCUACGAUGUCCCCAUCAACAACCUGUACAAUCUCCCUACAUCACCAGAAAUCCUCUUCGACGAAGAGGCCGCCAAGUCCCGCCGAUCUUGGGGCGAGAAUCUCCAGUACUACACCGGUUGUGGGUACCUUGCCGGCUCAAUUCUUGGCGGCGCCAAGGGAUCACUGGAGGGCCUUCGCGCAGCCGAGGCCGGUGACACCUUCAAGCUCCGGCUAAAUCGGGUCCUCAAUUCUGGGGGGCAAAUUGGUCGCAGGUUUGGGAACUCGUUUGGUGUUGUUGGGUUGAUUUUCGCGGGAUUGGAGAGCGGCUUAUACCAUUAUAGGGACUCCGACGAUGUGUUGAAUAGCGUUCUGGCGGGUUUGGGCACUGGAGCUCUUUAUCGAGCGGCCAAGGGACCUAGGUCAGCUGCAAUUGCGGGAGCUGUUGGAGGGAUCACAGCUGCUAUGGCGGUGGCGGGGAAGCAUGCAUUGAAGAGAUACGUUCCUAUUUGAGCGGCGAGAAUAUUGGGGGUUGGGGGUUCUAGGGAUUUAAAGAUGGGAAAUCAUUGUUCUUGUCUUCCAUGCUCUUACUCCAGGACAUCCUAUUAAUUGUUAUGUACAUGAGGCAAGUGAAAUCAGAGAUAGAAAGGGCUAGCCGAUGUGGGAUUGAUGACUUUCCUGGAUUGGAUUUCUUACUUGCAUCGCUUCUUGGACAUUCAGGAUUGGCCGUGUUGAACGCUUCUUAUUGGAUGAAUAGGAAAAGGUGAAUGGGCUUCAGGAGUAGAUGGAAUAGAGAAACUUCUUUCUGAAUUUUGAUUGUACUAACUUUUCCUUUAUAAGUUUUCUUCUGACUCGUCAAUAUUGAACAAAACGGUCCUUUUAUUGUGUUAGCGGGUGUAGUGGUCGUGAUUCCUGUCGAUCAAGUGGACGUCAUGCAAGGAUAUAUCUGACUAGUUUGUUUUGAAAAUUUGGAGUUGGUAUAAAUAAUGAUGGAACCAAACUUUUCUGCA